GGAAGCGGUCCUCAGGCCUGGGUCGGGGACAGGCCCCGCCUUCGGGGUCCGGAGCUUUGGGGAAGGGCUGUCUGACAGUUCACCCGGCACCUCCCGCCUGGCGGAAACGAGCCGCCCGGCGGAUCCCAGGACCUGCAAACUCUGGGUAACAGCCCGCAUUGGGGCCACUUCGACCCCUUCGGUUGGGAUACCAUCCUCUCCUUCCCCACUGACCUCAGAAGAUGGCUGCUCUGUCAGCUCAGGGGACAGACUCUCUACCCAUCUCCUUUCCUUGAGAUGGCCGUCCCCUCCCCCUCAGUUCUAGAAGAUGUCCGCUCCACCAUCCCCUUGGAAUGGUCGCUCCUUUUCCUCUACCCCUCCCCCAUCGUCCUCGCAGUUGGAAAUAGACUGCACCCUCCCCAUCAAUUCUGGGGACAGUCGCCGAGGUCGUUAAUCUAAAACAUGCCUACUCCGCGUCCUAGUGAUGGCUGCCCCUGUAUUUUUCACUCCAUGGGAUGUUUGUUCCGUUAGCCAGGGGCAAGACUGCUCUGCUCUCAUUGGCAAGAAGAUGCAGGUACAGGCUUAUGUGUCUUGUGCCUUUUUAGAAAUGGCUUCUCUAUCUCUUUUGCCCUGGGGAUUGACAGCCCCCUCCCAUUAUCCAAGAAAGUCAGGUCACUUUUCCAUGAGUCCUAGAAUGCACCCUCUCCUUAGCAGGAGUAGAGCCUGCAAUGACAUCCCAUUCCCUUUUUGUUCCAGAGGUUAUCCAUUCAUCCCUAUAUAUCCCAUGGGUGACCAGUAGUAGUCCCUUGGGGUGAGCUCGUGAGGUGGCCACUCCACCCUUAUCUCCACCUCCUUUAAUACUAGAGAGGUUACUCCUUUCUCAGUGUAAUGAAUUAUGACCCUCCCCUUGAAGACACGUAUCCCUUGCUCUUUGCUCCCGGGGUUGAUCUUCCCAGAAGAUAGGUCAGCCGCUCUGGUAGCCCAGUCUUCCCUCCUAGUCCCCUAAGGAUGGGGACUUGGUCAGUCCAGUCCCAUCAACACUCUUCCUCAUGCCUCUCCUCUCUGGUCCUAGUCAUUCUCCCUACAAUAAUAAUCUGCUUCAUCUCCCACCCCUUCCCUGAGCAAACCUUUGGUGAAAGUAGAGGUAAAGAACUCUCAUAUUUAACCCAGUAAAUACUGGUGGAGUACUGCCUGUGGACUUAGCCUCUGAAAAGAGGAGAGAGCACAAUGGGCUAGCAAAGUCACUUCGGAAGGACUUCCCAGAAAGAGCCUCAUAGACUUGCUCUAUUGGUAGGAAGGAUGGACUGGGGAUGUUCUGGGACCAGCAGACCCAGCCCAGUAUGGAGGCCUGGCAGUGUUGAACCAGAAGCGGGGAUUUUGUUCUGAGAUUAUUGGGAAACCCAGAAGGGGUAGUGAAAGUGGAAACAAGCUUUUGGGAAAUUAACUCUGUGACUGUAUAGAACGGAUUAACAAGAACGGAUGUAGAAACGAGGAGGCUGUACAAGGAAUCUAGGUCUAGGAGGAUAACUUUUGGAGCUAGUAAGAUGGUGAAGUUGCUAAGGUUGAAGGGUUAAUAGCAGCCACUUGGCAACCACUUAUGGACCAUCUAGUCCCUAUAAGGCUGAUCUAGGUUAUUUUUAAAUGUCUUCAUUUCAUACAUAUAGAAACUGAUGCUCAGAGAAGUCGUGUCCUUUGGAGUUACUCAGCGGAAAGUAGAGGAGCUAGGAUUUGAUGAAUCUGGGUUAGCCUUGUCUGAAACUUCAGUUUUAAGAGUAAAGAAUAGAAGACCAUGAGUCCAGGUGUCACUCGGGGCCUCAGAUUGGGAGUUUAGGCUGCAGUAAAGAGUAAAGUUGGACCGAGGGCAAAAAAUAACAAUUGGAGUUGAGAUUAAGGUUGAGAACUCUUUGAGUGUUGGACCCUGUAGACAGCUGGUACGAGACCAAUGUUUGGUUAACCUGACAAUGUAAAACCAUUAAAUAGUUGACUGUUCUCAUAUAAGUAAACAUAAAUCAAAAGAUUGAACCUUGGGAGUCGUAGAGAAUCCAGAAAUAGGGCAGCUAGCUUGGUAAAGGCUUAGCAAACAUUGUCGUAGUCCUUGAGGAGGAAAGUUUCUAAAAGAAAAGGACAGUUAAUAGAAAGUUGUUCCUGGCCUCCCAAGUGACCCCUUCCUCUGCCCCAGCUAGAGCCACCAACCUUACCACUUACAGACUCACAGAGCAUAGUUGGAGGGAAGAGUAGAGUCUCCAAAACUUGCAGUAUUGUCCUACCUUAACAGCUAGCUGAGAAAACUAGCUAUAAUAGAGAAGAUGGGGGAAGAAUAGGGGUCCCAAGGCCAUGCAUCAUGACUGACACCACACUUCUCUCACAUGGGAUAUAACUCUACUAAGGCAGGAGAAGGCUGUGCCAGGUAUAAGCCAGGCUGGGUACAUAGUGAGUUCCAGGACAGCCUAGGAUACAUAGUGAAACCCUGUCUAAAUGGAAAAAAAAAAAAAAAGGAGUAGGAUUUGACUAAUGUUCUAGGUCUAUGGAAAGUGCUGUGUUUUUGUAACUUCUCACAAGAACCUAUUUAAAUCUCAGCACAUUUGCCAUUUCACAGACAAAACAAGGCUCAAGGAGUCAGCCAAGUGGAAACUCCUAGGUUUGUCUGGCCCCAGUGCCCAGUCUGUUUCUACCCAACUGGGCAUGAAUUUUUUUUUAAUAUUUAUUUAUUAUGUAUACAUUGUUCUGUCUGUGUGUAUGCCUGCAGGCCAGAAGAGGGCACCAGACCUCAUUACAGAUGGUUGUGAGCCACCAUGUGGUUGCUGGGAAUUGAACUCAGGACCUUUGGAAGAGCAGGCAAUGCUCUUAACCGCUGAGCCAUCUCUCCAGCCCUGGGCAUGAAUUCUUAUUCUUCUUACUUGGUACAAACCUGAACUCGGAAGUGGCUCAUGUUAGGUUCAUUCUCAUGAGAUCUUCCUGGAGGCUGGAGAACGGAAGUCAACAUCUCCUGAAGCUUUGGGUCCAAGCUGGACUAGAAGCUAGCGCUCUGAUGCCCUUGGGUUCUAAAGGCCUUCCAGUUCUAACAGCCCUCAAGUACCUUGUGUUUUCCCCCCAGAUGCUCACAUAUAUCCUGAGCUUCCUACCUUUGUCAGAUCAGAAAGAGGCCUCCCUCGUGAAUCGGGCUUGGUACUGUGCAGCCCAGAAUGCCCUUCGGGAGACAAAUGUGCGGUACAACAUUCCUGUGUCCUCUGCCUCACUCUCAGCAAUCAAGAGCUUGGGCCUCAGGGGCAUUUCAUGCAUCAGCUUGACCAACCUGGAUGGCUCACCAGCUUCGCACCAGGUACUGCAGUCUGUUGCUUACCACUUAGGCCCACACCUGGAGAGUUUAUGCCUGGGAGGGGGCAGCCCCACAGAGGCAUCCUUCUUGGCCUUGAUCCUGGGAUGUCCAGCCCUGCGCACCCUUGACCUCAGUGGCUGCAACAGUCUCUUCACAUCAGGCACUCUGCUGGCUCAGCCUGAGACAGCACGGUGUGUUCGGAAGGCAUUGAGUGGCCUUCGUGAUCUUAACCUGGCUAGCCUACGUAACCUGACUGACCUUAGCUUCAACCAUCUCAGCGGUUGUUUCCCCAGCCUGGAGCGCCUCUCCUUGGCCUACUGCCAUCUUACCUUUGAGUUAGGCCCAACCUGGGGCUCCAUUAGCCCCCAGGCGUCCUCUCCCUCCCAGCUUUCCUUCCACAACCUGCUCCAGUUUGUCAAAGAGCGAGCUGGUAGGCUGCGUGCCCUAGACCUCAGUGGUACUGGCUUGCCACCUGAGGCCCUACAAGCCCUGGGCCAAGUGACUGGACUGCAGCUGGAGGAACUGAGCUUGCAUAGCUGUAGAGACCUCUCCUCAGAGGCCGUGGCCACCCUAUGCCGCCAGCAGCCUGGCCUUACCUCCCUGGAUCUCAGUGGUUGCUCAGAACUGACUGACGGGGCACUCUUGGCUGUGAGUCGAGGCCUGCGACACCUGCGGCACUUGAGUCUGAGGAAACUGCAGCGACUGACUGAUGCAGGUUGUACAGCCCUGGGAGCCCUGCACAAACUGCAGAGCCUGGACAUGGCUGAGUGCUGUCUGGUGAGCGGGCGGGAAUUGGCAAAGGUCUUAGGCUCAGUUCACAGAGCUCCACCGGCACUGACUUCCCUCAGGCUGGCUUACUGCUCUUCACUGAAGGAUGCCUCAGUGCUUUCCAUGAUCCCAGCAUUGGGCCCAAGCCUCAAGGUGCUAGACUUGUCCUCCUGUGUGGCCCUCACUAACCAGACCAUGCAGGCCAUCUGUACCUACCUCAUUCACCUGUCAGUCCUGCGCCUGGCUUGGUGCAAGGAGCUCCAGGACUGGGGGCUUCUGGGGCUGAAGGAGCCAAGUGAGAAGCCUGGGCUAAGUUCCCAGCUACACCAAGAGGUGGAAAAUCAGGCCUCAGACCCUCAGGAGCCUAAUUCUGACCCACGAAGCCCCUCCCUGCUCAUGCUUCAGGCCCUGCAGGAGUUGGAUCUCACAGCCUGCUGCAAGCUGACAGAUGCCAGUUUGGCCAAGGUGCUCCAGUUGCCUCAGCUGAGGCAGUUGUCAUUGAGCCUGCUGCCAGGGCUCACAGACACGGGUUUGGUAGCUGUGGCUAGGGGCUGUCCCAGCCUGGAGCACUUGGCAUUGAGUCACUGCAGCCACCUCAGUGAUGAGGGAUGGGCUCAGGCAGCCAGGUUCUGGCCAAGGCUGCAACACCUCAACCUGUCCAGCUGCAGUCAGCUCACAGAGCAAACUCUGGAUACCAUUGGGCAGGCAUGCAAGCAGCUUCGAGUGUUGGAUGUGGCCAUGUGUCCUGGUAUCAACAUGGCAGCUAUCAGGCACUUCCAAGCGCAGCUCCCUCAGGUGACCUGCAUCCAGUCUCGCUUCGUGGGAGGGGCUGACCUGACCCUAACACUCUGAGGCCAGGUCAGUUACUAUCCCUGCAGCUCGUCCUUCUUCACCAGCAUAGCCCAGGCCCAGGCCUCCGGACCUGUGUUAGCCUCAGGGCCUCCUGCCUUCCCCUGCUCUAGAAACUUUUCUAAGACUCAGGACCGGACCAAUCCAGGACCCCACAGAUGGCAGCAACCUCUUUCCGGCUGCACGUUGCUUCCAUGGGCUCUGUUCUAAAGGUCAGGGCCACAGGGGGUGCUGGGCCUGGUGCUGAGGAAGGGCAGACUCUGUGCCUCCUGCCACUCAGACCUCUGUUUUGCCUGCUCUCCAGGGGUCUCUUCCAACCCUCCUGAGCAUUAGCAGUCAAUCCACCAACUUGAUUGUAAACCCAAACAAGAUUAAAAAUUCCAGAUUUUAUGUUUUCCUCUGA